AUGAGUCCCCCACGAUUGUCACCGCAGAAACCUAUAUUUUUGGCGUCUUGCGCUCUCUUCUUUGAACCCCUUUUCGUCUCAGCACCAUCGCUGUUCCGCCACAUCAAGAUGCAUUUCCCAUCUGUCGCCGGCCUCGUGGCCGCCGUGUACGGGAUUACCGGAGUACUUUCGGCCACUACAUCGUUGAAACCUUUCGACUGGGAUUUUUAUGAGGCGGAGGGAUGGACGUGUCUGACGCCCCCCAAGCGGUCUCAACCUGGGAGAGGCAGCAUGAGCUUUGGCAACAACGUCUGCCCCAACCAGGUCUCAACAUGCCAAGCAUAUUGCAGCACAAGAGGCGGCUCGGUAGACUGGAGAAACGGGUGUUUCUCCAACAAUGAUGGCUACGAUAGCCCGUUUGAGUGGAUCACCUACUGCUUCAUCUGCAGGUGCAAGGACGACAAGGACACCAUGCCUGACCUGACGGUAUAUUAUGGUUCGAUCGAGCGCUACGUUUGCGAGCGGCAGGAGCAGAAUUGCUAUUAUGCCUACGGCCAAUACGCGCAAAGCCCUCCCGAGGGGAAGUGCAAGAUUUGUCCAGAGGGGGAGUAUGUCUCGAUGGCUCCUGGUGUUUCCACCAGACCGAUUACUUCGCUGUCUUUUGCUACUGCGACUCGUGGAGUCGCGCCGGAGGACGCUACAUCGACCACCACAACUACGAUCUCGACAUCCACAUCUACGCCCUCGACAUCCACAUCUACGCCCUCGAUAAACACCCUUGUGGUCACGGGGGCUGGGGAUGAUUUGUGGAAAGCUCUUGACCCUGAGGGUUUUGUAGAGGCGGAGGAGACUUCGACAACGCGUGGCGCGGGGCCUCAACCGACGGCUCUAUCUACAGAUGGCCUAGAUAUAGAAGUUGUGGUCAAGGACUCCGGCGCCGUGAAGCAGGCGGCUGGUGUGGGAGUGGCGGUUUUAGCGGCGGUGAUGGCACUCUGAACAGAUCUGGGUUGCUAUAGUUGUUUGAGAGAGUUUUGUAAGGGAUGUCUGAUAUGUUGGUUGGGCUGAGGCAUCGCGUAUCGGGGUGAUGAGAUCCAGCGCAUAAGUUCCCGCUGUGGAGAGAAGGAUGUGCUUGACCGAAUUCUCCAAUCUACUGUGUGGAAGUUUUAGAUCUACAAUGUGCUUACUAUACUAACCUCAGAGAAGUGUUAGUUAUGUUAGCCAUACUUAUUUUCCGUAGUAACGUACAUUAUCAGUGAGUGAGGCAUAUCAGUAAGUGAGGCACCUUCUACUACUCUAUUACAACUAUCCUCAAUUGCUAGACCACAACACUAGGAACCGACUAUAAUUACAUCAGAAGCAGCUGAAUCUGAGGC